GGGUAGAUCUGAGGUCAUCCAGGCAACGAGGUGUGGCCAAGCUCAGUGGUGGGAGGGGCUCUGGGUCCCGGGGGGCGGGGCUUCACCUUACCUCUGACGUCAGGCGGUGCAGAGCGAGUGGGCCUGGCGGGCGGGGGAGCUGGUUUCUGGCCGGACCGUUGAUGGGAACGGACCUGAGGAGCCGGAAGCCGAGCGGCGGCUGGAGAGGCGCGGCUCUAAGGAGAAAGCGCAAUGUCACUCUACGAUGACCUGGGUGUGGAGACCAGCGACUCUAAAACAGAGGGCUGGUCGAAAAACUUCAAACUUCUUCAAUCGCAGCUUCAGGUGAAGAAAGCAACACUGACACAAGCAAAGACUCAACGUUCCAAGCAGAGUACGGUUUUAGCUCCUGUGAUAGACCUAAAGCGAGGCACCUCCGGGGAAGACCGACAGAUUGUUGACACCCCACCUCAUAUAGCAUCUGGAUUAAAGGACCCAGUACCGAGUGGAUUCUCGACAGGAGAGGUAUUGAUUCCGCUGGCUGACGAGUAUGACCCCAUGUACCCAAAUGACUACGAGAAAGUUGUAAAACGUCAACGCGAGGACAGGCAGCGACAGCGCGAGCUGGAGCGACAGAAAGAAAUCGAAGAAAGAGAGAAGCGAAGGAAGGAGCGGCAUGAACAGCCUAGUGGCUUCGCAAGAAGACCAGACCCAGAGUCGGAUGAGGAUGACGAAGAGAGGGAGAAGGAAAGGCGGAAAAGAAGUAUGGGAGGAGCAGCGAUCGCCCCACCUUCAUCACUUGUCGAAAAGGAUAAAGAACUCAUUCCAACUUUCCAGUACGAGGAGGACUCAAGGUCCCGAAACGCCCCUGCCAAAGCUGCCAUUCCUCCGCCGGUCUAUGACGAACCGGAGAGACCACGGUCCCCACCCGGACCAACCAACUCCUUCAUCGCAAACAUGGGGGGUACAGUGGCACACAAAAUAAUGCAGAAGUAUGGUUUCCGUGAAGGGCAAGGCUUGGGGAAGCAUGAGCAAGGGUUGAGUACAGCACUGUCAGUGGAGAAGACAAGCAAACGAGGAGGAAAGAUCAUUGUUGGUGACAGUGCAGAGAAAGUGGAAAUGCCUGCAGCUGCUAAGAAAUCUGAAGCAAACCCACUGACAGAAAUCCUGAAAAAUCCCACAAAAGUGGUUCUACUGCGGAAUAUGGUGGGGGCUGGUGAAGUCGAUGAUGAUCUGGAAGGUGAAACAAAAGAAGAGUGUGAAAAGUACGGCAAAGUGACCAAGUGUGUCAUAUUCGAGAUUCCAGGAGCACCUGACGAUGAGGCAGUCCGAAUAUUUGUGGAGUUUGAACGGGUUGAGUCUGCAAUCAAAGCUGUGGUUGACCUGAAUACAAGAUAUUUCGGUGGCAGAGUGGUGAAGGCUUGUUUCUACAAUCUGGACAAAUUCCGGCAGCUGGACCUUGGUGACCUCUUCUAAAAGCGCAACUGAUUGCACCCAUUGACUUUCUGCGCACGGUGUGAACUGUCACCUAGCUGUAAAGGAGUAGAAGGAGAAUUAUUACUAAUUCUAAAAUAACAACAGCCAUCCUUAGUUGUAGCCAUUGUUAUACUUCUGCUUUCAUCAGUUUCCCAACGUGCGAUGCUGUUCCUUCUGGGGACUGCCUCUGUGAUGUGCUUUACCCAUAAAUUGUGCUCAUUUAAUGGUCUGUGAGAACGUUCCAUUAAGUUUGUUCCUUUUUGUUGGGUAAACGUUACGAUGCCAGUGCUAUUUUCCUUCAUAAUUUAUUUUGAGCAAUGAAAACUAUGCUGGACUUCUUGUAAAAUUCACUGACGAAUUCACUCCCAAAGCUAAUCUGGUCAGGAGGUGAGUUCUAUCUUGAAGUGGCUUUCGUUCCCCUAUUUGAACUAUUAGGAACCUUGUCCAAGUGAUGGGGGCACAGCAGUGGUGUUAUUGUGAUUUAUUCAGUGCCCCUUAUCUGUCUUUAACAUCUGUGUCAGAAGCUGCUUAAAUAAAAAUUACAUUUACCCAGUUUUCAGUAAAAUUAUUUGAUUGUGAAUUAUAGUGAUUAUUCUUUGAAUACACUACUGUUUCUAAAAUGUGGGUGACUGAUUGAAGUCAUUGGGAACUGGCAAAUUUCUCAUUUCCAAUUCUGUUUCAAAUUUAUAUGCAGCUGGUAUGUAUUUGGUUGUAUUUUCAUCUUUUAAAAACAGUUAAGUAGUGGCAGAAAACCUUAAAUGACUGUAAUAAUUUUUGUAAAUUAAGUUGUGUUUUUACUAUCACUGGUUGAAUUUUGGCAGCCUUAUACAGUAGUUACUGCAAAUUCUUUUAUUGCAAUAGAUUGUUGCAUUGCCUCAAAGCUAGUGAACACAUCUUUGUACCAUGCAUAUGCUUUGUGACUUGUGACAUCCUGAAAAGAGGUCAUUUGUUUUGUAUUGAAUUGAAGCAGCACUCAACAAUAGCCACAAGAGCCAUUGAGAAUUUUAUGACAACGAUCUGGUUCAUUUGAGUUCACAAAGGACAAUUUUAUAUUAGCUCAUUGGUUAUAAAAAAUGAAAAAACUCUUAAUAAAGAGAGCAUAUUCUUUAA